AUGAAUGAUGGUAUAACAGAAGUUAUCAAUGAAAGAGAAAAAAGAAUGCAUCAGGCAAUCAGAAAAGAAACAAAUGCCUGGACGUCAUACUCAAGCGAAGAUGAAGAAGAAGGUGAAGAUGAUAAUGAUGAUGAAGAUGAUAAUGAUGAAGGUGAAGACGAUGAUGAAGAUGAAGACGAUGAAGAUGAAAAUGGAAGUGAAAAUGACGAGGAAUAUGAGACUGUAGAUGAAGAUGAAAAUGAAGACGAAGAUAAGGACUCAGAUUACGAACGAGAAUACGGCGAUAACACAACAUUGAACGAUACAGCAGUCAACAGUAAUGAAUUAGCAACAUCUAUUAAUGAAAGCACUACAGUAUUUGAUGAUCGUCUCGAAACCACACUCAAUAAUCGUGGUCGAUAUGCUCGUUUGGGCAGCACAGGAAAAUUCUACUGUGGUGAUGCACUCGAUGGACCACAGUGUAACUGCUGUGAUGGUAAAUGUGGACCGACAGGUGGCUGCAAUUGCUCAUCAUGUAUGUUACUUGAUCUUCAGAAACGAGCAUUACCCCGAGGAUGGCUUGUCAACAGAGACGGUGCAUCAGCAAGAUGCAGUCGACAGAUGCUAACAACAUUCUAUUGUGGUCGAAGAGUCAUGCCAGAUGACGGUACAAGUGAUGGAUAUUGUGGCCCCACCAAUGGACCACAAUGUACAGCAUGUCAAAUAUUGAACCAACAGCGUAGUGGUCGAUAUAACGAAAUCUGGAUUGUCAAUAACAACGUAUCGGCAACAUCUACCGAUGAAAGCACUACAGUAUUUGAUGAUCGUCUCGAAAGAACACUUAAUAAUCGUGGUCGAUAUGCUCGUUUGGGCAGCACAGGAAAAUUCUACUGUGGUGGUGCACUCGAUGGAUCGCAGUGUAGCUGCUGUAAUGGUAAAUGCGGACCAACGAAUGGCUGCAAUUGCUCAUCAUGUAUGUUACUUGAUGUUCAAAAACGAGUUCUGCCUCGAGAAUGGCUUGUCAACAGAGACGGCGCACCAGCACGAUGCAGUAGCUUGAUACCGACGACAUUCUAUUGUGGUCGUAGGGUCAUGCCAGAUGACGGUACAAGUGAUGGAUAUUGUGGUCCCACCAAUGGACCACAAUGUACAGCAUGCCAAAUAUUGAACCAGCAACAACGUGAUCGAUACAAGCAUAUUUGGAUUGGUUAG